AUGUUCAUAUCAAUAAUCUUAUUCAUUUAUGGAAUAAUCCAAUCAAAACUAGAUCAUGAAAAAUAUUUCAUUACUUUACAUCAAAUGUGCUUCUUUUGUAUAAUUGAGUUAAGUAGUUGUAUUUUAGUGUUAAGGAUAGCACAAUUCUUUAAACUAAAUAAAAGAAUAGUUAAAGAUCUUGAAUUAAAACUUAUAAUGAAUCUAUUAUUAAUCAAUAUAAAUUUAGUAAUUGCUUACAGAAGAAAUAAAGGUAUUAAAGGUUUAUUUAUCCCAAUAAUAAUCACAUCUUUAUUAACCUAUUGUACACUCAUAACAAGAUUAUUAAAUACAAAGUAUCUUUAUGAAAUAUUUGAUAUACUUUUUUAUAAGUUGUUAGAAGAAGUUUCAAUAGAGAUUUUUAAUUAG